GCAAUACCGGACGGUGGGUUUGUGUUUGCAUCUGUCUUGCUGGGCUCCCGGGGAGCUGCCCCCCUUGUUUCUGUUAGGGCAAGGACAAGUCCAAGUGGUGACACUGCUCUGGAGGAAGCUUGUGGCUGGUGGGAAAAGCAGCUUUAACCCCUCAAUUUGGUGUUCUUGAAAUAAAAUGCAAAACCAAGUGUGCGCGAUGGGGACCUGGUGGGCUUGCUGCGACUUGCACGCUCCGCUUCUACGGUCCCUCGCUGCAAAAUCUCCUGGGGGGAACCCAGCGGUGGCUUUGCCCCUGCUGUUUGCUGGGCCGGCCGCUGUGCUGGGGAAUCGCUGUGCUUGUCCCAGUGCAGCCGGGCUCCUAACCUCAUCCCUUUUUUUUUUUGUUAUUUUGCUGCGUUUUCACGUGGUCCAGGGCGGGGAGGGCAGGGGUUUAGGUUAUCCUGCACAGGGGACCUGCCGUCUCCUCUUCCUCGGUGCGCGCUGGCGGCCGGAGGAAGGGCCUGAUUAGAUAAUUGCAUCAGCACCAGCUCCAACAACUGUCAGCAUGGAUAAAGCUCCCGAAGCCAAGAGAUAGAAAAGACCUUUAUUUCCCUGGUUUUUCAGCGUGGGAAAGGCUGCUGUGAGGGAUAAUGAUUUAAGAGAGGGAGAGGGUGCAAUUAAUGCCAGUGCAUAAAGGGUUUUUGGAAAGGAGGUUUUGUUAUACUGGCUGCUAUUUUUUCUUUUAACGGUUGGAAUUUUGGGGAGUUUUGAGGCUAUUUAAUUUUUCCUGCCCCUUUUAGAUAUCAAAGAGCACUUUUUUGGCUCGAGGGCACCCAGCUGUGAGCGCGUCACUCCUGCCUGUCUCGUCCUUUCCUUGGACUUCAGAGCAUGCCUGUAGGUUGGGAAGCCUAAAUAUUCAGUGGAUGCCGGAUGAUUUCUAACAACCGCAGGGAUUGUGGGAGACGAGAUGGGAACAUCGGGGUGGGCUGGGUGCUGGCAAUGCUCUAUCUGCCCUCUUGGAUUUGGUGGGAAGGUGGGAAGUGGAGAUGGGGAAGGAACAGUGCAGAGUCGGCAGCUGUGAAUCACAUUGCACGUGUGAUAUGGCCUGGGAUUAAUGGCAAAGAACCCCGAUUGCCCUGGGUACAGCGCUGCUGACGGUGCUCUUGGAUGGAUAAACUCCACCAAACAGCGUUUUUUCCCCCCUUCUCUCUCUCUCCAGGUUUUUCUUCUCGCUGGGAUUUCGUCUCAAGCAGCACGGAUAAACCUGUGCUCGAUGCCUUUGUCCGGAGGCUGAGCUGGAUGCGCUGUCUCCCCGCCUAUGGAAGAAGCAGGGAUUUUGGAAACCUUUUUCUGGAUCCUCCUGGCGCUCUUCGUCGCGGAGCUGCUGCUGAUACUCGCCGAGAUCAUCUUUGAGAACAAGAUGAACGCGGUUCUCCACUCCAGCAUCCGAGAGGGCAUUCGGCACUAUUACGACGACCUCGACUUCAAGAACAUCUUGGACUUUGUGCAGGAAAAGCCCGCGCCGGGAACAGCCUCUCCCUUGCGAGGAACGGCGCCCUCGCUCCCGCAGCCGCCGCGGGAAACGGCGUUUCUCUUCAUUGCGAACCCCUGUUUGCAAAAACAAACAGGCUUCGGAGAAACCCCGACCCGAUCUCCGGAGGGUCCAGCGCGUCCCGUCGCCGCUAAAUUCCCCUUUGCCGCGAGGGAGGGGAGGCGGAGAAAACGGAGGGGAGUUUCGGGUGUUUUUUGCUUCCGUUCUCUCAGCCUGGCCCGCUUCUCCGUUGGUCGGCAGGCGCCCGGGGAAGUCAUCAACACCCUGUGCGGAUACAGGACGCUCGGUAAAGAGCGCCUGGAGCUGCUCGAGGUCAUCCACGUGCGGGGCUGCGUCCACGCCGUGGGGAUCAAAUUCCGCCUUGCUGUUGCUUUUAACCUUGCCCGUUCCCCAGCCGCCGUCUCGCUCCUCGCCGCGACCGUUGCAUCGUUUUAUGGAAAACAUCGGGUCAUCGGCCUCGUUAUGGCCCGGCUGUAUUGGCAGAAGCUCGACGAUAUCUACUCCGAGCUGGAGACAGUUGAUUUUAAGGGGCUCGAGCUGCGGGAUUUCAGCUUGGAGCUGCUGGACCUGACGGGCGCGGGCUGGUGCUGGUGCCUGCCCAAGGAAGGGGGCUACGUGCCCGUCGGUGCCGCGGGCGAGGAAGACGAGGAGGAGGAAGGCGCCGGGUGCCAAAGCCAGGUGUGAGCCACUGCAGGAGCAAAAGCCGUGGGAGGAAAUUAUGAAGCAGCGCUGGAGGGAUGCUGUGAAAAAAGGGAAAAAAAAAAAGCGCUGUGCGAGCGCGGGAAGGCCGUGGGGUCCUUCGCUCCCUCGGCACCUUGA